UCCAUUCAAAGUGGAGUGUGCUAUCCACAAGUUCACCAACAAAUCCAACACUUCAAUCUUCUUUUGUUAUCUCACCAUUGCAAACUUCAGAGCUUGUGAAGCCAAAGAGAAAACAAACACAAAUACUAGAAAUUAAGAGACACCCUUUUCAAUGGAAUCUGUUCUAAGCCAAGUUGGUACAGUUUUCUACCAAAAGCCACGUUUAGGUACUAAGUUCAAUACUUGUUCCUUUGGUAGGGUUGAUUCUAGGAGAGUAAGGAGUGUGGUGGUGGUGAAAGCAGAGACAGGGGGUGUGAAUAGUAUAAAUCCAGAUAUAAGGAAGAAUGAAGAUAAGGUUGUUGAUUCUGUUGUGCUCAGUGAGCUUGCUAAGCCUCUUACCCCUUAUUGCAGAUGUUGGAGAUCAGGAACUUUUCCUCUAUGUGAUGGAAGCCAUGUAAAGCACAACAAAGCCACAGGAGAUAAUGUUGGGCCUCUUCUUUUGAAAAAAUAAAUUUAAUAAUUUUGAUCACUUGUGUUAUGAGAGAUAUUAAAUUUUCAGAUGUUGCUUAUGUAUUAUAGACUUAACAUUUCAAUGUUUGAAGCUUAUUUUGCAAUUCAUCUAUAUAUUUGUUUGGUA